AUGGAGCCAAUUCGUCGUCGCCGAAGACCAGCUGUUGCCUGCACGUUAUGUCGCAAGCGUAAAAUGCGCUGUAAUCGGGAAUCCCCUUGCAGCAAUUGCAAGCGCUCGCGACACGGCGAAUGUGUCUAUGACAAUCCUCUUCCACCACCUAAUCCAGUUCGCAAUACCAACCGGGUCUUGGCACCUGAUAUUUGUGGCGCACUGAAUACAGCAUCGUUACCAACGCCAGAAGAUCAAUCCAGCACUAGCCGGUCAGCUACGAUCGCUAGUUUUUCGUCACCAGCGUCGACAACGCCGCAUUCUGAUCUUCCGGAACUUGAGGCGUUGAAGAGUAAGGUUAGGUUAUUGGAAGAUCAGCUAGCGAAAUCUGCUACUGCGACUUCACAUACGCAAGUUUCUACGCCUGCUUCGAAUUUGGAGACGACUUCAACGCAGUUGGGUGGGACUUUUCAUGUUCAUGCGCAGAGUCAGUUUGGGGGUGCGAUGGUGAUACCGCGUGCAAUUUCUCAUAAGACGAGAUUAUUUGGACAAAGUCACUUCGUGACUGGGCUUCCUUUACUUCGGGAUAUCAUGGAGAUUAUCGACGAGCACACGGAUGAGACAUCGGAUCUCAUCACAGGAUAUCAGAAGUGCAAAGCCAUGGGGAAGCACAUCAAGAAGCUUCGCGUACCAGUAUGGCCUACGCCACUCACUACACAUCUGGUUUCUCGAGCCAUUUCAGACAGUCUUGUUGAAUGCUACUUCGGCACGAUAGAGAAGCUGCACCGCGUAUUGCACAUUCCGACAUUUCAAAAACAGUACGAUGGGCUAUGGGCUUCUGACGGCGAACCAGAUCGUGAGUUCCUGGUUCAGCUAAGGCUUGUGCAUGCCCUGGGCGCUAUAACAUACGACGACAAUUUCUCGCUACGAGCGUCAGCUACCCAGUGGAUAUACGAAGCACAAACUUGGAUUUCUGAGCCAGAGUUCAAAUCGAGACUAGGCAUCCAGUUUCUACAGACAAACAUUCUUCUUCUUCUUGCGAGGGAGACUGUAGCUGUUGGUGGCGAAACCAUGUGGAUAGGAUGCGGUGCGCUCCUCAGAACGGCUAUGUCAAUGGGUUUACAUCGAGAUCCAACACAUCUCCCACAGACUCCGACUUUUGUUUGUGAGAUGCGGAGAAGAAUCUGGAACACUAUUCUCGAAUUGUGUUUGCAGUCGUGUAUGAGCUGUGGAGGUUCACCAAUGAUUUCCAUCGAAGAUUUUGACACUGAAACCCCUGGGAAUUAUGAUGAUGAACAGAUUAUGAGUGACAACCCGACAUCCAGACCCGAUGGUGUUUUCACUCAAAGUUCAACUGCGAGGGCCUUGCGAAAGACUUAUUCCUCUCGUCUCAAUGUUGCAAAGUUGCUCAACGAUCUUCGACAGGGCGAUUCAUAUCAAGAGACAUUACGGCUGGACGCAGAACUCAAAGCCUCAUACAAAGAAGCAAUCCAAACUCUUCAAACCUCCAACAAAAACGGCAACUCACCGACAGAUUUCGAUCUUUUUGCAAUAGACUUUAUAAUGCGUCGCUACCUCAGCGCCCUCCACUUCCCCUUCUUUGGCCUCUCCCUCAAAGAACCAAGCUACGCCUUCUCUCGAAAAAUGUCCAUCGAAACAGCUUUCAGAAUGUGGUCCAUCGGCCGCAACGACAACAGCGCCUUCGCCCGUUUCGUAACUUGCAGCACUGGUUUCUUCCGUACUGCUACUUGGUUAGCCAGUGUAAUGCUCCUCCUCGAUCUUCGCAACCAGGUCCAAGAAGAUGAUACACUCUCACCGACUCCUCUGCAACCAGAUGUUUUCAACAUGAUGCAAGAUUCAAAACCGUGGACGUUGAAGUGUGUUGAAGCUGGUGAAACGAAUAUCAAGGGGCACUUGAUUACAUGUUUGUUGCUGGCGCAGAUCCGGGCUACUAUGAAUCGUGCGUCGAAGGAGGAGAUGGCGCAGGGGAUGAUACGUGCGGGUGAGGAGGCUACGAGGGAGGCUUUGGGGGCGUUUGAAGCUUCUGUUGUUCCGUUGGAGCCGGAUGGUGGGGAGUUUCAAGCGCCGCCGCUUGAUUUUGGGGAAGAUUGGGAUUUGAUGCUUACUGAUGGAUUUCUCAAUGGUGGGGCGGGUGAUCCCAUGUCGUGGAUUUUCUAA